AUGCUUCGGGUUCCCCGGAUUUCUCGGAUCUCUCGGCCUACGCGUUUUGCUUGUUCUAUUCAAAUGGGUGAUGUUGUGGUGGGGGCUGAUGGGGUACGAAGUACAGUCCGACGGCAGAUGUGGGAGUACACGGACUCUCGGGGACUGAGAAAACAGGCUUCGGAGGAGAGAGCAAAGAUGACAUCUGAAUACAGCUACGUUUUUGGCAUCUCGGCGGCAACUCCAGGGCUGAUUCCCGGAACCAGGCACCGAACUUUCGGCCAGAAAUGGUCGUUCCUGACAAUUAUAGGGAAGGAGGACCGAGCAUACUGGUUCUUCUUUAAAAAGCUGGGCAUGAAAUACUCUGCCUCUCAGUUUCCGCGCUUCGAUCAGACCACGAUUGGCCAAUAUGUUGGCCCAUACCUGCACAAGCCCAUCAAUGGCAGCGUGUCUUUCGCGGAGGUAUACAAAAGAGCAAUCACUCGGACUCUUUUGCCAUUAGAAGAGGCUUCUUAUACCCACUGGACUAUAGACCGCUGGGUUUGCAUCGGAGACUCCGCACAUAAGAUGACCUCUAAUUUAGGUCGGGGUGACAACAGCGCAAUAGAAAUCUCCACGAGAGAGCUGGGCGACUGCUUGCAAUCCUGGCAAAAAAAGCGACAUCCUCGCAUGCAAGGCAUCUCCCAAGCAGCGCACAACCUGACUCGGUUAGAGGCACUGGACACCCUCAAAGAAAGAAUCUUUGCCCGCUACUUAUUACCAUACUCCGAGGAAUCCUUAGCCAAAACCACCUCAGACAUAAUCGUUAGGGCUGCUAAAAUCGAUUAUCUACCGCCGCCCCUCAAAUCGACCACGUAUCGCGCACUUUGGGCGUUGCCACUACUGGGACUCUUCGCCGUCAGUAAAAUCUCGCUGGGAUCGUUGCUCGCAAAGCUGACACCCCAGCUGGUUGCAACUGUAGACAGGGGGACCUGGGUGACAGGGAAUGGUGAGGUGUUUGAUCUGACCACCCCCCUCUACCACAGCCGCCUUCUUGACAGGCUGAUGCGACCGCUGAUCACUUGCUUUCUCCCUUCCAUAACCGGGACUGAUAUGCGUUCACGUCUCCAAAUGCUGUCAUUCAUGACGGAUCUGGGCCCGAUCUACGGGAUCUGGUUACUCGAGAGCUACCGCAACGUGCACUCGUGGUCUGAAAUCCUCCUCCCCCUCGCAGCCGGUAGCAUCCUCCAACUGCUCGGCAUCUGGCAAGUCGCCCCUCUCUACCUUGCGCAGGAGUACCUCCGCACCCCACUGUUCACCCUGCUCGCGGGCAAGAACGGUAGGAUCCCAUGCGACUUUACUGGCUCCCUGCUUCUCGCCACCCUGGUUGGCUAUCACACCGUCACCUACGCCAACUUCUUUGACCCGGCGCUCCAGUCACGCCAGUGGUACAACGUCCUGUGGCAGCUCUUCCCAUUGACCACGUCGCUCCUCCAAGCUGCCCUCCUGCUCAGCAAGCGCGUGCUCAACCGGCCAUGCUCUUACCCAGAAGACCAGCUUCCAAGACGGAAGUCUCAGCACUCAGAACGGCGGUACCUCCGCUGGGCCUACGGGACUUUUGCCCUAGUAUCAGGUCUUGCCUUCAUGUAUACCCGGAUCACUGCUUUACCUGAUCUCCCCUUCCAUCGUAUCUUUCUACCUGGCUGGCAUAAUUCCGAGAACUCGCUCAGCGGCGCCGUCGCGUGGUUCCUGCGGUAUGGGGAGUUGAUUUCAAUGAGGGGCGGGUUUGUAUGGCUUGCGCUGCGCUUCCACGAGCUGCAACAGGCUGGGGCGCCAGUGUCCUUGGGGAGAGUUGGGGCGCCAUUCGCGGCCUCGCUGUGUGCAUUCGGGCCGGGCGCGACGUUUACACUGGGCUGGGGGUGGCGCGACGAGCUUUUGGAUUGA